AUGGAGUCCCUGCACUUAUCUCACCUGUGCACCCAACUCGUCUCCGGACUUCUGACGGGCGCGAACCAGCAAAACAAGCGCGACGACCGCUGCUGGAAAAAGCACAUCCUCAGCUGCAAGACAGGCGAUGAGAAGAAGACCACGGUGGUGAAUUUUUUCACGCGCCUGGAAUUCCAGGAUGGUUCCCGGAAGCAGGCCACUCAGAUUUACCACGGGAGCGGUCGCCCACACCUCCACUGCUUGCUCUGGCUGGAAGACGUGGCGGACAUCGAGCUGGACAAAUCUCUCAGCGCGACGCUCCCCGCAGACGAGACUCAGGCCGCAUACGUUAAGGGCUCCCAGGACAGCCGGGACGGGGACAGCAUGUGGGAGAUUCAUGACGGGCCUUCCACCUACGACGCCAACGCGUCGCGCCUGCACCUGCACCACACUCGGGGCGACUCCGAGGCCGGCCGCCGCGCAUACUUCCCCGACAUUAUGGAAGCGCUGAAGUGCCACCAGUGGGGAGUGGGGACGCAGAGCCGCGGACUGCGACACCUGGUAACGCCCGGCGGGUCCGAGAUCACGUCGGAGCUGAAGGCGUACAUGAAAAGCAAGUGGCGCCACGAUGACAUGAGCUUCCUGGAGUUUCUCCGGAAGACUACCCACAAGGGCGCCAUCGCCGGUUGGUUGAAGAAGCGGUGGAAGGAGCGCCCAGAGGAACAGAUGCACCUGACGGAGACGGAGUUCGCGAACGAGUAUACCAUGCGCGGUGAGCAACUCGUGGCGGUGGACACUGUCUGGCGCCACAACGAUAAGUUCUUCCGCCAGUGGGUCCUAAGGCAUGUGCCCUUCCGCAAAAAGGAAGACCUCGAUGUGCCAGAGGUGACGGCAAUGGUGCCGCCGCGCCUGCGUGGACAGGCAGGAGCGCUGAAGCUCUGCGCGGACCAAAGCCGCGUGCCGCCCCACCUGCGCAACUUCUGGAACUCCUCAGACCGUAUACGCAAGGAGAUGAAGGAUGAGGCCCACACGGAGGACCACAUCGAGGAAACUGUGGCGCUGCUGGCUGGACACCGCACCCUGAUCGAACAGUUCUGGACGGGCGAACUUGACAUGGCGGACGAUCCGGGCGCGAUAUCCGACCCCGUGGCCGCGGCCACCGAGGAGGCGGAGCGCGCGCGCAGAGAGGACUCCCUCAAACUCAACGCCCUGCAGGGCGUCUUCGCAAGAGAGAUCGCAAAGCACGUGACGCUCGCCCUCCGCGCGACUCGGGCCCAGGACGAAACAGAACUGGAGGCAGCUCUGCCAAGCAGCGCCUCUGCCAUGGUGGCUCAGGAGUCCAUCUAA